AUGGCUAGUAUUAAUACUCCGGCCGUUGUCAUGGACAAUGGUACUGGUAUGACUAAAUUGGGCUUUGCAGGAAAUGAUGCUCCUUCGUGGGUGAUUCCCACGGCUAUUGCCACGAGGGCCACAGGUACAUCUGGAAAGUCAACUGUUUCAUCCAAGCCAUCAUUUCUAAGUACCUCGGGUGCUACGGGCGCUGGAAACAGUAUCACAGGAACUUCUUCACCUUCUCCUUCACUGUCCUCAAUCAAGAGAGACAUGGCAGAUUUGGACUUUUAUAUUGGAGAUGAGGCAUUAGAGGCUGCCAAAGGUCCCGGUUACUCGUUACACUACCCCGUCAGACACGGACAGAUCGAUAAUUGGGAUCAAAUGGAACGUUUCUGGGAAACUUCCAUCUUCAAGUAUCUUAAAUGUGAACCUGAAGAUCACUACUUCCUACUUACUGAACCACCUUUGAAUCCUCCAGAGAAUAGAGAGAAUACGGCAGAAAUCAUGUUCGAAUCAUUCAAUUGUGCAGGCUUGUAUAUCGCUGUCCAGGCAGUGUUGGCUCUUGCUGCUUCUUGGACAUCCUCUAAAGUUGUUGAUAGAACUUUGACCGGUACCGUUGUUGAUUCUGGUGAUGGUGUUACGCACGUGAUUCCAGUUGCCGAAGGAUACGUUAUUGCUUCUGCCAUUAAAAAUAUCCCAUUGGCUGGUAGAGAUAUCACCAGUUUUAUUCAGACUAUGCUAAGAGAAAGAGGAGAACCAAACUCUUCUUUGAAGACUGCUGAAGAGAUCAAACAAAAGUUCUGUUACGUGUGUCCAGAUAUUGUCAAGGAGUUCGCCAAGUAUGACAACAAUCCAGAAAUGUUUGCCAAGUAUAUGGUGGAUACAGUAUCGGAUCGUAAGAUUACCGUGGACGUUGGAUAUGAGGGAUUUUUAGCUCCCGAGAUCUUCUUCAACCCAGAGAUUGCCUCUUCUGAUUUCUUGACACCUUUACCUCAGAUAGUUGAUACCGUUAUCCAGGCGUCGCCAAUUGACGUGAGGAAGAACUUGUACAAAAACAUUGUUCUCAGUGGAGGUUCGACGAUGUUUAAGGAUUUCGGAAGAAGAUUACAGAGAGAUUUAAAAACGAUAGUAAAUGAAAGAGUUGCCUUGAGUGAGAGCCUCAGUGGUGCAAAGUCUAGUGGCGUCCAGGUGCAGGUGAUCUCCCAUAAGAGACAAAAGAAUGCCGUCUGGUUUGGAGGUUCCCUAUUGGCCCAGACCUCUGAGUUUAAAAGUUACUGUCAUACAAAGCAGGACUACGAGGAGUAUGGCCCCAACAUCGUGCGGAACUUCUCCUUGUUUAAUGUUCCAUCGUAA